AUGAUCGCAUCACCUUGCGUCUCUCGUCCGGGGAAGAAGAAUGGAAACAGUCCACGAGUUAGGAAACGGCAGAAGCCGAUCGCGCUCACGGUCCCGGGGCAACAGAUCGCUAAGCCUAUCGUGUGGCCGGCAGAGCUCACAAGACAAAAACCAGCGAGGCGCAAAAUCUCCAUUCCCCAGACCGCAUUCGAGCAGCUUCCACCUCUCCCUGAUGCUGCAAGAGGCUGGGAAGCGCCAGCACAUAUUCUGCCCGUCAGUAUCCCUCAGAGGCCUGCCGACAGCUCUGCAGCUUCGGUACUUGCUCAGCAAGAGCUGCUACGACACAAACAAUGUCUCGUGUAUCAAGAAGUCUCCCACUUUCUCUACAGCGAAACGACCUUCACCUUCGCCGGCUUCGGAGAGCUCGACGCGUUCCUGGACUGGAUCAGCCCCGAGACGGCGCUCUCCAUCCGGUCCGUCACCUUCAUCGCGCACAUGCUCCCGAACGGGACGGAACACUGCAAGGAGCUCAUUGGGGGCAACUACUUCCGCGGCGCGGGGCGCGACCACGUCGCCCUGUUCCGGCGCAUGCCAAACCUCCGCAAGCUCGACAUCCACUUCUUCCCCAGCGCCAUGCUGGCCUUCACGACCCAGUUUGUCGACAUGAUGAAACCGCUGGAGGAGCUGCCGCGAACCGUGGCCAUCGGGGUGGUGCUCCCGAGGGUCUACUACAAACAGGACAGAUCAGGGGACGGGUUGCCGUUUGUAGGUCGUUUCGGCGCCGGCGCGUCGUUUUAUUCUGUGGCGAGGCCGGUUAUUUUUGCAGGCGUUGUGGCCACUAGCUGUGAGGCGUACAGGAAGUUUUUCUGA